AGGAGCCUGCAGCAUCCCAACGUCCUCCAGUGCCUGGGCGUCUGUGUGGAGACCUUGCCCUUCCUGUUGAUCAUGGAGUUCUGCCAGCUGGGAGACCUGAAGAGAUACCUUCGGGCCCAGCGGCCACCUGAAGGCAUGUCCCCUGAACUUCCCCCUCGAGACCUUCGGACACUGCAGAGGAUGGGCCUAGAGAUUGCCCGAGGACUGGCGCACCUGCACUCCCACAACUAUGUGCACAGCGAUCUGGCGCUGCGCAACUGCCUGCUAACUUCAGACCUGACUGUGCGUAUUGGAGACUAUGGGCUGGCGCAUAGCAACUACAAGGAAGACUACUACCUGACACCCGAGCGCCUGUGGGUGCCGCUGCGCUGGGCAGCGCCCGAGCUGCUGGGCGAGCUGCACGGCAGCUUUGUGCUGGUGGAUCAAAGCCGUGAGAGUAACGUCUGGUCCCUGGGGGUGACACUCUGGGAGCUUUUCGAGUUCGGGGCGCAGCCCUAUCGUCACCUAUCGGACGAGGAGGUCCUGGCCUUUGUUGUCCGCCAGCAACACGUCAAGCUGGCCCGACCCAGGCUUAAGCUGCCCUACGCUGACUAUUGGUAUGACAUCCUGCAGUCUUGCUGGCGGCCGCCAGCCCAGCGCCCCUCAGCCUCUGAUCUGCAGCUGCAGCUCACUUACCUGCUGUCUGAGCGGCCCCCAAGACCCCCUCCUCCACCACCUCCUCCCCGAGAUGGGCCCUUCCCCUGGCCCUGGCCCCCGUCACAUAGUGCACCACGUCCGGGAACCCUGUCCUCGCAGUUCCCCCUUCUGGAUGGCUUCCCCGGGGCUGACCCAGAUGAUGUACUCACAGUCACUGAGAGCAGCCGUGGCCUCAAUCUUGAGUGCCUGUGGGAGAAGGCCCGCCGUGGGGCAGGCCGGGGUGGCGGUGCACCUCCCUGGCAGCCCGCUUCUGCGCCUCCAGCGCCCCACACCAAUCCAUCCAAUCCCUUCUAUGACGCGCUGUCCACUCCCAGCGUGCUGCCGGUCAUCAGCGCACGCAGUCCCUCGGUGAGCAGCGAGUACUAUAUCCGCCUGGAGGAGCACGGUUCUCCACCAGAACCCCUCUUCCCCAACGACUGGGACCCGCUGGACCCAGGAGUGCCCGGUCCCCAGGCCCCCCAGGCUCCCUCCGAGGUCCCUCAGCUGGUGUCCGAGACCUGGGCCUCCCCUCUCUUCCCUGCACCCCGACCCUUCCCGGCCCAGUCCUCGGGAUCAGGUGGUUUCCUGCUGAGUGGCUGGGACCCCGAGGGCCGGGGCGCAGGAGAGACCCUGGCAGGAGAUCCUGCCGAGGUGCUUGGGGAACAGGGUACCGCACCCUGGGCGGAAGAGGAGGAGGAAGAGAGCUCCCCAGGCGAGGACAGCAGCAGCCUUGGAGGGGGACCCAGCCGCCGGGGACCCCUACCCUGUCCCCUGUGCAGCCGCGAGGGUCCCUGCUCCUGCCUGCCAUUGGAGCGGGGGGACGCUGUUGCCGGCUGGGGGGGUCACCCUGCCCUUGGUUGUCCCCACCCCCCAGAGGACGACUCUUCUCUGCGUGCAGAGCGGGGCUCCCUGGCCGACCUGCCUCUGGUCCCCCCUACCUCAGCCCCUCUCGAGUUUCUGGACCCCCUCAUGGGGGCCGCAGCGCCCCAGUACCCCGGGCGGGGGCCACCUCCCGCUCCCCCCCCUCCACCCCCCCCUCCCCGGGCUUCCACGGAACCGGCCGCGUCCCCCGACCCCCCGUCGGCCCUGGCCAGUCCAGGCUCAGGCCUGUCGUCGCCGGGCCCCAAGCCGGGGGACAGCGGCUACGAGACCGAGACCCCUUUUUCCCCCGAGGGAGCCUUCCCAGGUGGGGGGGCGGCCGAGGAGGAAGGGGUCCCUCGGCCACGGGCUCCCCCCGAGCCACCCGACCCAGGAGCGCCCCGGCCACCCCCAGACCCGGGUCCCCUCCCACUCCCAGGGUCCCAGGAGAAGCCAACCUUUGUAGUUCAGGUGAGCACCGAGCAGCUGCUGAUGUCCCUACGGGAGGAUGUGACAAAGAACCUCCUAGGGGACAAGGGGUCGACACCCGGGGAGACAGGACCCAGGAAGGCGGGGAGAAGCCCCGAGAACAGAGAGAAGGGCCCAGGCCCGAACAGGGACCUGACAUCCCUGGUCAGCAGGAAGAAAGUCCCCAGCAGGAGCCUUCCGGUGAACGGGGUGACAGUGUUGGAGAACGGGAAGCCAGAAGCCCCGGACGUGAAGGAGAAGGUGGCGGAGAAUGGCCUGGAAUCUCCGGAGAGAGGAGAGAGAGCCCUGGUGAAUGGGGAGCCGAUGUCCCCAGAGGCCGAGGAGAAGGUGCUGGCGAAUGGGGUUCUGAUGUCCCCAAAGAGCGAGGAGAAGGUGGCAGAGAAUGGGGUCCUGAGGCUGCCCAGGAACACGGAGAGGCCGCCAGAGACUGGACCUCGGAGAGUCCCAGGGCCCUGGGAGAAGACACCCGAGACUGGGGGUCUAGCUCCCGAGACCCUGCUGGAUCGAGCCCCUGCGCCCUGCGAGGCAGCCUUGCCCCAGAACGGCUUGGAGAUGGCCCCUGGCCAGCUUGGCCCAGCCCCCAAGAGCGGGAACCCGGACCCCGGGACCGAGUGGAGAGUCCACGAGAGUGGGGGGGCACCGAGAGCCCCCGGGGCUGGGAAGCUGGACCUCGGGAGUGGGGGCCGAGUCCCGGGGGGCGCGGGGACGGUCCCCGCCGGCGGCCCCGCAAACGCCGUGGACGCAAAGGCCGGAUGGGUAGACAACUCGAGACCACUGCCACCUCCGCCACAGCCACUGGGGGCCCAGCAGAGGAGGCCGGAGCCAGUGCCCCUGAAGGCCAGACUGGAGGUGGCCCCAGAGGAAGAGCCAGGGGUCCCAGACAACAGGCUCGGCGGAGACAUGGCCCCCAACGUAGACGAGGACCCCCCCAAGCUGGAGAGGAAGGGCCCCGAGAUGCCACGCUUGUUCUUGGACUUGGGACCCCCUCAGGGGAACAGCGAGCAGAUCAAAG